UUGUUCAGAAAUCGCCAUCUCCAUGUAGUCCUUUCCUUUCCAUUGCAAUGGGUGUCUUCUAAACAAAACAUUUAGGCUGUCAAUGGCUUCUAAUGAUAUGUGACUUUAACAGAGGGGACUGUCCGCUUUCUUUUCAGUAUUUUGUUCUCAGGGCAGGAAUUUCCUAAUUUCCCUUAGCAAGCUGCAGCUUGAACUCGUGACUCUCAUUGUCACAUCAGCUACACAAAGAGAAUAGAAAGAUUUCAUUAAAUAAGAUCACAGCAUGGCUGGACAGACAUACCUGAUCAUUCUUACAUUUCUACCUGUCGUUCUCCUGGAACAGCCACAGAAUGUUUUUGUGAAUCAUGACACGGCACACAGCAUUUUGGGGAGGUUCAAGCGAGCAAAUUCAUUUUUUGAAGAAGUUAAACCGGGAAAUCUGGAAAGAGAGUGUCGUGAGGAAACCUGCAACUACGAGGAAGCUCGGGAGAUUUUUGAGAAUAAUGAGAAAACGCAAGAAUUCUGGAACAUAUAUCACGAUGGAGACCAGUGUGAUCCUAAUCCUUGUUUUUAUGGUGGGUCUUGUAAAGAUGGAAUUGGUGGAUUCACAUGUCUCUGUAAUGCCGGCUUUGAGGGCAAGAAAUGUGAAACUGUUAUCCUAAAAAUGUGCAGCCUAAGCAAUGGUGGCUGUGAACAGUAUUGCAAAGUGGAGAACAGAGAGGUAAUCUGUUCUUGUACCACUGGCUAUACCCUUGCAGAUGAUGGCAAAUCCUGCAUUUCAAGUGAGAGCUAUCCCUGUGGAAAAAGAGCAGCAAUGCCAAGAUCCAAGAGGUCAGUCACUGAGGAAGUGGAAAAGGAUGCCUCUCAUAAGGCAAACAAUAGCAUGAGUCCUGCCGACUCUAUAACACCUAACAGCAGCAACCAAAAAGAAGUUGUAUCAACUGCCUUUCCAGAUUAUGAUCUGGACUUUGAUAAGUCGGGAAGAAUUGUGGGUGGAAGAGAUUGUAAACUUGGUGAAUGUCCAUGGCAGGCUCUCUUGAUAAGUGAAGAAAAUGAGCCCUUUUGUGGUGGAACAAUCCUGUCCAGACAGUUUAUCCUUACUGCAGCUCACUGCAUGAAUCAGACCAAAUACUUCAAAGUUGUUGUUGGAGAGGUUAACACACUAAAGAAUGAUGGCACUGAAUCUACACACAAGGUUGAGAAGAUAAUUGUUCAUCCAAAGUUUGUUAGGGCCACUUAUGAUUUUGAUAUUGCUGUAGUGAAGCUAAAAGAGGCCAUUAACUACACCGAUAAUAUCAUUCCGGCUUGCCUUCCUGAUCCUGACUUUGCAGAUGAAGUAUUGAUGACCGAGAGGCAGGCCAUGGUGAGCGGAUUUGGACGUCUUUUUGAGCGAGGGGUUCAGGCUACAAAGCUCCAGAUGCUUAAUGUUCCCUAUGUGGACAGGCAGACUUGUAAAGAGUCUAGUAAGUUUAAAAUCACAGAUAACAUGUUCUGUGCUGGUUACGACAAGGAGGUGAAAGAUGCUUGUCAGGGAGACAGUGGUGGCCCACACGUCACCCCAUACAAAGACACGUACUUUGUGACUGGUAUCGUUAGCUGGGGGGAGGGCUGUGCACAGCAAGGCAAGUAUGGUGUUUACACCAAAGUAUCAAAAUUAAAUAAAUGGCUUAAAGGGGUGUUCAAAAGACAUCAGUAAUUUAAUUUAAUGUCUACUGCUCCAUCAAAAGGUCAUUAAAACAAAAUCUGAUUUAUAUAAAAAGCUAUUCAUUAACAUACACCUAAAUACACAUACAGGUUCUCAAACUUUGAUACAACUGCACAUAAUCCAAGUUGAUUUGACAUUUGCUGUUUUGAUAGCUUAUUCCAGCAUACUGUCUUAUGUUAUCAGCAUGGGCUUAAUUAAAUUCCUCUUGGCUUUGGUGCCAAGUCUGUGCCUCUCUCAUCUUGUACAAACCACUGUGUAGACCUUUGGUUAAUAGUUGUACAAAACUGCAUAGGCAUAAAGAGUUCUCAUUCUUAAGAGUACUAACCCAUA